AGAGGAGCACUGAAAGGACGGAAAGAGUGGGGGAAAUGACUGGGCGACUGUGUGGGAAGAGAGAGAGAGAGAGAGAGAGAGAGAGAGAGGAGGGGCUUAGAAAGUAUGAACUUGUGUAUGAUUAAGCUGCAGGAAGCAUUAAGAAGGGAAAAGAGUGCAGGCAGGACGCGCUACGCUUCACUUUUAGUCGCUUGCUGAGGACGAGUGGCCCUUAUGGCUUCCCGUGACUUUUUCCACCGGGUCGCACUUUUUCUAACGCGCUCCUGAGACUUAUCUUUGGUGAAUAUCUUAAAAAAAAAAACAAACAAACAAACACCCGGAGCUUUGAACCCCCCGUGCUGUUUUUUCCUCUCUCUCUCUCGCUCUCCACCGCUGUGCGUAAUUUCUCUCCAGGAUCGAGAAAGGAAACAACACAUCACAGCAGCAACACGAGGACGACUCACAAGACAAGACAGACAAGACAGAAACACAUCCGACUGGAGGAAAAAUGAAAGCCGUCUCGGAUAUCUGCUUGCUUUUCCUCAUGCUGCACACUCCCGGCGUGCUGUCCCUGUCCACACAUGUAGCAGUUAUCUACCCCCAGGACCCCGUCCUCCGCAUGGGGUCCAACCUGACCGCCAGCUGCUGGGUGCACUCCGACCUCGGCAUCCACGCCAGCUCUCUGUUCUGGACGCUCAACGGCCAGCAGCUGCCCAGCUCCCUGUACCGGGUGCUGAGCCCGACCAACCUCAGUGUGACGCUGGCGGGACUCAACGCCUCCAGGCAGACGUCCGGCGACAACCUGGUCUGCCACAACCACAAGGGCCACAUCUUGGCGGGCUCCUGCCUCUACGUCGGGAUGCCUCCGGAGAAGCCGGUCAAUCUGACCUGCUGGUCCAGGAACACCAAAGACCUGACUUGCAGCUGGGCGCCGGGAGGGAAAGGAGAGACCAACAUUAGCACACAGUACACGCUCAAGUACAAACUCAGGUGGUACGGUAAGGAGAAGGAGUGCGAGGACUACACUCACUCGCAGCCGUACUCCUGCAGCAUCACCCGGGACCUGCACCUCUUCACGCCCUACGAGAUCUGGGUGGAGGCCUCCAACCAGCUGGGCCACGCUGCCUCUGAUGUCAUCACGCUUGACAUCCUAGACGUGGUGACCACGGACCCUCCAUCAGGUGUGACUGUCAGUCGUGUCGGCCAGUUGGAGGACCAGCUGAGCGUUCGCUGGGAGGCCCCACCCGCCCUCAAAGACUUCCUCUUUCAAGCCAAAUACCAGAUCCGCUACAGACUGGAGGACAGCCAAGACUGGAAGGUGAUGGACGACGUUGGGAAUCAGACGUCUUGCAGGCUGGCCGGACUGAGACCUGGAACGGUGUACUUCGUCCAGGUUCGCUGUAACCCUGUGGGCAUCUACGGCUCUCGCAAGGCCGGCAUCUGGAGCGAGUGGAGCCACCCUACGGCUGCGUCCACGCCCCACAGUGAGCGCCUGAUGUCGGGCUCCUGCGACUCCAAGUCCAGCGGGGACUCCAACUCCACCCUGCGCAGGGAGCUGAAGCAGUUCUUCGGCUGGGUGCGGAAACACGCCUACGGCUGCAGCAGCAUGUCCAUGAAGCUGUACGACCAGUGGAGAGUGCUGAUGCAGAAAUCCCACAAAGCACGCAACCAGGUAGGUUCUCCAAGGGGAUAAAUCCUAGCACACGCUGCCUUUUCCAAGUCAAGAAAAGAACUGAGUGAGUGUGUUUUUGUCGGGGUGUGUGUGAGAGAAAGAGACGUUGUAUUCUUAUAUGGGAAUUAUAAGACUUUUUCCUCUGGACGUACCGGCCGUGGCGGUGAGAGGACAUCCACAACACGGGAUUUUCUUCCUUUUUUAAUUCAUCUUUUCCAGCCGAGACGAGAGCGCUUUGUUUCUGCAACUGAGAAGGUGGACUCGCCUCAGAACGUUCCAGUAUCAACAUUCAAAAAACAUAGACCACGCGGACUGUUUCUGUUUCCCUCAAGGGACGUUGUAAGCAUGAAUAAAACCUCGGGCAUCAGUCAAAGACGUUUGACAUGUGCCUGCUCUAAAAGGUGAUCAACAAAACAGAUUCAAACAAGCUAAAAAGUGUUUCCCCAGCGUCUAAACAAAGUAUUCUGUGACCUGUUUUUUUCUUUUCUCCUGUGGAUCCAAAGCACCAUCUAGUGGCUGUUCGGCAUCCAUGGAUCAAAAGCUCCAAAUCAAAAGAAAAAAAAAAAUCAUCCACUGUGUAAAAAAAGAAAAAAAAGUUAAGAAUUAUCACUCAGUAUUUCCAGUUCAUGCUUUUUGUCAUAUAAAGUGCCAAACGUGUUUUUCUCUGAGCGACAGUAUGUGACUGAUGGUUGUUUGUGUGUGGAGACGUUUUCACUGCCUUUAUUUUUGUACUGAAUUGUACCAGCAUAUUUAAAACUGUAUAAAGUUAUGUUUUAUUUCUUAAGUUAUGUUUAGUUUAGUAAAAAAAAAAAAAGAAAAGAAAAGAAAAAAAAGAAAAGAAAUAUCAAUGACUGAAGUUGUUUAUCAAUCUCUAAUGUUGUUCUAUAAAAACAUGUCGGAAAAAACA